CCUGCAGAAACAAGCGCGGAAGGAAAUAUCGACGGGAAUGCAGACCCGGACAGAGAUCAUGGUAACACUGGCUGGAUACAUGUGAGUGAUAGUGUUGUCGUGGACCCAGAGCAAUGCGGCGCCUGUACGUCGGCGGGUUGAGCCACACGGUCACUCAGAAGGAUCUCAAGGAUCGGUUUGGAAAGUUUGGAGACGUGGAAGAUGUAGAGCUCCGGACCAGGAGGGACGAGGACGGUGUUCCUUACAAAACAUUUGGCUACAUUAACAUCAAUAUUUCAGAUGUCGACCUGAAGAAAUGUUUGACAGUGCUUAACAAAUCCAAAUGGAAAGGAGGAACUCUGCAGAUUGAAACCGCCAAAGAGAGCUUCCUCCACAGACUGGCUCAGGAGCGCGAGGUGGCAGCAGAGCAGCAGCCUGCAGCUGAGGACAAGAAACAGAAGAUUCUGGACUCUUUCACCAAAGCUGGGGUGGACAACUUCACCAUGAAGGCCGCGGUACCGGGGACCGAAAUACCAGGACACAAGGACUGGGUGGUCAGUAAAUUCGGACGAGUCCUUCCCGUCCUCCAGCUCAGGUGUCAGAAAGGCAGCAAAGUCCGCACCGUGAAGUACGACCCGUCGAAAUACAGCCACAACAUCUCCAAGCUGGACCGACAUGCUACAGACCAGUCCACACCCGUCACCCAGCUCACCUGGGAGGUACAGGGAGGGGACGAUGACAUCAGCAAGAAGAGGCGGGGAGAGUUCCCUCCCUUUGAGCCAUCGAGACCCAAGAAGAGUCGCACAGAUGUGGUCAACUCCCAUAAUGCAGCAGGGAGGACCAGAUCCGAGCAGACCGUUGCCUCUGUCAAUCACACCGAGACUCAUCAUGUCACCAAUGGAUUUGAACUACAAACCAACCGCAGACCGGCUCAGAGGAAGUGGGCACAUUUCAAUGACAGCGAUGUCGACUCAGACGAGGAAAUCUGCAGAAUGGUGGCAGCCCAGCAGACCUCCCAUGCUUCACUGCGACAGGAUGAGGAGGAGGACGAUAACCUGGAAGUGGUCGGACAUGACUACUUCAAGAAAUCUAGACACAAAGACGAGGAAGACUAUGACUCCGCGGACACAGAUGAACUCUUUGCGUCCAGGAAACCUCCUCCUCCUAAACCUCAGGAGAAAAUUACUCCUCCAACAGCAGAACACCCCUCAGGAAACAACACAGAGGGAAAGAGAAAGAUUAAUAAGAAAAGUAAAGAUGUAGAAGAGGAGGAGGAGGAGGAGGAGGAAGAGGAGGAGGAGGAUACAGACACUGAGGAACAACUCGCCUCAAGGAAACCUUCUACUGGAACGCAGAAAGGGGAUUCUAAUAAACAGAAGCAAAGUAAGAAAACAGCUGUCCUCCCUGUAGUGAAAGCCUCCACCUCAGAAUCAAGUAGUGAUGAAGAUGAUGACGAUGACAGCGACGAGGAGUUAGACUCAGCUGAUUCCUGUUCAGAUUCAGAUUAUGAAGCCAUGUUUUCUAAUGUCACCCAUCUGGAGAUCUCUCUGGCCGAUCUACAGAAGCUCGCUGAAAUAGCUGAGCAGACCUCCAGGACUGCAGCUCCCAGCAUCCUCGGCAGUGGCCUCGAAGAGGAAGCUGAGCUUAGCCCCACAGAUCGACCUGCCCCCAAGAAAGGGACCACGCCCGAGGAUAUCCUCGCCGCCAUCAUGGCGGACGACAGCAGCGAGGAUGAACAGAAGAAGAAGAAGAAAAGAAAAGGUGUGACGUCAGUGUCGCUGCCUGCCUUCCAGGGCACGAAAUUGCUGGACGGGGAAUCACAAACUGGUGAGCGGCUGAAGAAACUGAAAAAAGAAGAGGAGGAGGAUAGAAGUGAGGUUAAAAAACAAAAGCUGGACUCUGAAGGUCCAGAGGUGAACCACAAAGCAACAAAUAGCAAGUGUGUAAAUGGACUGAAAGUCAAAGAAAAUGGUAAAAAGAAAUCAGAGUCCAGUGAGGAAGAAGAUGAAGACGAGGAGGACAGUGAAGAAGAUGACAGUGAAGAAGAAGAAGAAGAGGAAGAAGAGGAGGAGAAAAAGGGUCACGCUGUGAACAGUUUGUCUGCUGCUAAAGUUUUGAAAAUGGUUUCAGUUCACCCAGAGGAAGCUGAGAGUAGCUCUACUUCUAGCAGUGAUGAUGAGGAGGAGGAGGAGGAGUUAAGGACGAAGGCCCGUCAGACUGUUAAUGCAUCUAAAUCUACAGCAAAAGCUUCAGGACGGGGGCGAGACGCCCCUCAAUCAGAUCUGGACAGUGAGUCCUCCUCAAGCGAGGAAGAGGAGGAGGAAGAGCAGCAGGCUCCUCGCCAGGUGGUGCUUGGAGCUAAGGAGGAAGAGGAGCUGCAGAGGAAGGCCAACAUGAGGAGGUUGGCUGCUGUCCAGCAGAGACAGAAAGAGGCUGAAGAACACAAGAAGCUCAUUAAGGGAGCUCUGUCCAACCUGGAUGCUCCGGCAGCAGGAGCUGGGAAACACAUUGUCUUUGGUUCUGAUGACGACGAUGAUGAUGAAGAUGAGCAGCAGACAGUGUCAGAGCUCAUUGCAUCAAAGAAGACCCUGUUCCAGGACAGCCAAUCAGAGGACGAGGACACGGGUGACAAAACAGCAGCCAGUACAGAAGAGGAGGUGCGUCUGAGACCUUCGGGCCCUCAGCUGUUUGGCGGCAGUGAGGAUGAGGAGGAGGAAGGUGAUGAGGAGGAGGAGGACGGCAGCAGGUUUGACAUCCGGCCUCAGUUUGAGGGUCCCGCAGGACAGAAGCUGAUGGCGCUGCAGUCUCGCUUCGGGACAGAUGAGCGUUUCCGAAUGGACUCUCGUUUCCUGGAGGAGGACAGGGACAAAGAGGAGGUGACAGAGGUACCAGAAAGCCUGGUUGAGGGAGACGAGGCUCUGGAGGAGGAGAAGAGGAAGACCCUGUCCAUCCUUCAGAGCGUUCUUGGCACCAGCCAACAAACCUGCAGCAGUAAGACUCCUGUCAAAGCCAAGAAGUUCAGAGAUGUGUCAGCGCUGCACUACGACCCCAGCAAAGAGGAACACGCUGUGUUUGAGACUAAAACAGAUGACGCAAAAAAAGAAAGCAAGUCAGCCAGGAGGAAGAAGAGGGAAGAGGCUCAGAAGAUUCCUGAAGUUUCUAAAGAUAUUUAUUACGACGUGUCUGGUGACCUGAAGGCUGUGUUUGGUCAGACGAAGAAUGACAUCAAUGGAAGUGGAGAGCAGAUGAACUGGGACCAAGUUGAGGAAGAAGAGGCAAAAGAGAAGGAAGAAGAGAAGACCACGCUGACAUCUGACCUCUCGACUAAUGCCAGCACAGAGCAAGAGGAUUCCUCUGGAUUUAAAUUUUCUUUCUUUGGAGACAACACAGAAAUUGGAAGUGGAGAGACGGCAGAGUACAAGGUGGAGAGCAUCCAGGCACCAAAGGUGUCAUGGCAACAAGACCUACGUUUCCAUGACAGCAGCUCAGAGGAGGAGGACGCCGAUCAGGAGGAGGAUGAGGGAGAUGAGGAGCAAGGCGUUGCCACUGUUGAAACCACAGAGAAGGCGACUCCUUCAAAAACAGAUCUAUUCUUCUUCUUCCCUGACGACAACAGACUGACAGAGGGUCCCAGGUUGUUCUGUCGCAUGUCUCAGCUGGAGGAGCAGAGGGAGGAGUGGGAGGAAAGGAGGAGCGCGCUCAGACAGGAGUACCGAAAGAAACACAAAUAUGCUCGAAGGAGCCUGACGUCCUCCAUGAAGAGCUGAAGAUUAUGGGAAAGAAAGUGAAGCUCUCUCUCACAUGGACUUCAAGAAUCGUCUGACUGACUGAUUGUUGCUCUUGAGUGCCUGAUUCCUGAUGGUAACAGUCAGGAAGUUGAUAGCAGAUAGCUGCUGAAAACACAAAUAUCAAAUGAAAGUUUAAGAUCAGAAUUCAUACUUAUUAUUGGAAGAUAUUUUGUGGUCAGAACUUCAUCUUUAAACAGCAUCUGGUGUGGUUUUCUUGUCAGAUUUGGUUCUUCAUACUUUUUUGUUCACUUUUGAUACCACAGUUGUCAUUCAUCUUUCUGAGGAGCCACUGGAGACACUUAAAAUCUGUUGACUCUUUGCCUCAUUGUGAACUUUGUUCCUCGUGACAGCUGGUUUGAAGAGAAGCUUUGCUGUCACUUUGUAAAAUAAAUUUUUUUUUUUUAUUUCAAUAAGAA